CCCACUACGUCUGUCAAACUAUGGAGAAGGACUUUAAGCUGCUCUGCUUUCUCUACAGGUAAUCAUCAAAAAUGGAGGGAGGACAUUUUGGCUACUCCCGAGACUAUCUGGACCGCUUCAUCCAAAGCCAAGACUCGUCUGUGGUAAACAAGUUCCAGCAGAAGUACUGGAAAACCAAACAGACGCUCAUCAAGGUCACCGGGAAGAAAGAGGACGAGCAUGUGGUGGCGUCAGACGCAGAUCUGGAUGCCAAGCUGGAGGUCUUCCACUCCGUCCAGAGAACAUGCAUGGAGCUACUAAAGGUUAUCGAGCAGUACCAGAGGAGGAUCUGCCUGCUUUCCCAGGAGGAGAACGAGCUGGGUCGUUUCCUGCGCUCCCAAGGCUCACAGGAUAAAACCAGGGCUGGAAAGAUAAUGCAAGCCACAGGGAAAGCACUCUGCUUUUCUUCCCAACAGAGACUGGCUCUGAGGAACCCUCUGUGCCGGUUGUACCAGGAGGUUGAAACGUUUCGCUAUCGAGCAAUCUCAGACACGUGGCUCACGGUGAAUCGAAUGGAGCAGUCCAGGACCGAGUACCGCGGAGCACUGCUUUGGAUGAAGGAUGUGUCUCAGGAGUUGGAUCCAGAUACACAUAAACAAAUGGAGAAAUUCCGCAAGGUUCAAGCCCAGGUGCGCACUACCAAAACAAGCUUUGACAAACUGAAGAAUGAUGUUUGCCAGAAAGUAGACCUGCUGGGAGCCAGUCGCUGCAACCUCCUCUCUCACGUUUUAACCACAUACCAGACAACACUUUUGCACUUCUGGGAGAAGACGUCCCACACUAUGGCAGCCAUUCAUGAGAGCUUCAAGGGCUGUCAGCAUUAUGAGUUCUCCACACUUAAGACCUUACAAGACCCCAUGGACAAGCUGGCUAAGAAGAAGGGGAAGAAGAAAAUUAAAGCAGAGGCAGAAGAUGGAAAGAAAGCGGCGAACACAGACUACCGACUCAUCUCACUAGGAAAUGAAAACACCAGCGAUAAGACCAGAGAAGGGAAGGAAGAUCCUCUUUCUGCCUAUCCAGAGUUAGAGGGAGAGGACAAGGACAGCAUGGCCUUACUGAAUGAGAUUCUGGGCAGUAUGUCUGUGGAUGAGGGCGACUUCUCUCGAGAGUGGACGGAAGUGUUUGGAGACCCCGAGGAGGGAACGAGCGCAUCCUCAGGUAGACCAGCGGAGGCCCAGCAGAAGGAAAACUCCUUUCUACCAUCUCAGCUGCUGGACCAGAGUUUGAAUAAUAUGCAGUCUUCCCUCUCAGAUUGGGCCGGGAUCGUUCCAGAGCCCGUCGCCCAGGCAACAGAGCACUCAUCUGGAGCCAAUCAGAACCCUCCUAAGCCAGCAGUGAAAGAGACAGCAGGGACGUCCAAAGAUCUCUCCGCGUGGUUCAACCUGUUUGCUGACUUGGACCCACUCUCCAAUCCCGACGCGGUCGGCAAAACUGACACAGAGCACGAACUUCACAAUGCAUAGUUGUUUCUCAGAGUCAUGGUGAUCUGAAAGGGGGUACUUUUGUUAGUGGGCAGAGCAGAAUAAAGCUGCCACAGAGACCAGAGACAAAUCUGAUCAACCACACAAACAGCUGUCUUCUCUUUAGACUUCAAGUAGAUAUAGAGCUGAAAAAAAUCUUCAGUUUAUCAGCAGAACAUUGAUCAGUUAUUUCUAGUUGUGGACGAAGUUAAAGUAUUUAUACCACAUUGUAAAAAUACUCUACAAGUGAAGUAUAAGCAUACAAAUAUACUUAAAGUACCAAACUUAAAAACACUCUGGCCAUUUUCAGAAGUAGCUUGUUUUAUCUUAAUCUACAAUAAUAAUGUA